AUGGUCUCUUUGGGAUGGCUUUGGCCAUUAGACAAAGAACUACAAGGGCACCAGCUGAUUGGUGGAGUGCAUAUGGUUCUGAAACGCCAAAUUUGCAAACAUUCGCCAUCAAAAUUCUUAGUCUAACUUGUAGCUCAUCUGGAUGUGAGCGGAAUUGGAGUGUGUUUGAACAUAUUCACACCAAAAAGAGAAAUAGGUUAGCUCAAAAACGUCUGAAUGAUUUGGUAUUUGUUAAGUAUAAUAGAGCAUUGAGACAUCGAUACAAUUCCCGUGACACUAUUGAUCCCAUUGCUUUGACGGAUAUUGAUGAAAGUAACGAGUGGUUGGUUGGGAGGAUGGAUGAGGAACUUGUCUUUGAGGAUGAUACUUUGACAUGGGAUGAUGUUGCUAGAGCUGCUGGAGUUGAGGAAAGUAGUCAAAGAACUAGAUCAACAAGGGCAAUAGAAAGGGGUUGUUCAACUUCAAAAUUAGCAGAUAGACCUAGAUUGCAACUUAUUGAUGAGGAAGAGUCAAUUUCAGAUGGGGGAGAGGAAGAAGAUGCAGAGGGAUAUGCUGAAGCCAAUGAUAAUGAAGAAGAAGUUUAUUUGCUUGAUGUUGAAGAUGAUUUUUAGAACUUUUGGAUUGGUGGAUUGUAUGUCUUUGUUGGAUAUUUUCUUUUGUUUAUGAAUAUUUAGUAUUUGGAAUGAUAACUGCAUGAUGGUUCUUGAAAAUAUUUAUAUUUUUGUCCAUACCAUUUAUUUUAAAAAAAUAUCCUUUCUGGUCACCUCGAUUCGAUGAAGCCCUCGUCUCGCCUCGUCGCCUCGCGCUUAGGCGUAAGGAGACCUUCUCGCCUCGGUUCGCUUUUCGCCUUAAAAAACACUGCAUCAACUAUCAACUUUGGUGACUAUUUCGGGUUGCAAGGUGUCUACUUUGCUAAUGUCCUAUUUGGGGUUGCCUUUAGGGGCUCCUUAUAAGGCUAAAGGGGUGUGGGAUAGGGUGAUCGAGAGGUUUCAGCGGCGGUAGGUAAGGUGGAAGACGUAAUAUUUGUCUAAGGGUAGGCGGCUAACUUUGGUGAAGAGUGCGUCAGGUAGUAUUCCAACUUAUUUUAUAUAUGUGCAUGUUAUUCCUGUGUUAGUGGCACGCUGUUUGGAGAAGUUGCAGCGGGAUUUUUUAUAGGGCAGUGAUGGUGGAGAGUUUCGCUGUCAUCUCAUUAGUUGGGAUCGGAUUUGUCGCUCCAAAAGGGAUGAGGGGUUAGAGGUGCAGAAGUUGGGGAAGUUUAAUUUGGCUUUGUUGGGUAAGUGGUUGUGAAAGUUUUCAUCGGAAAGGGAUCAGUUGUGGCGUUGAGUGGUGGCUUCUAAAUAUGGGUUGGGAAAUGGGAAGUAGUGCACCAUGGAGGUGGGGGGUUCUCAUGGAUGUGGGCUGUGGAAGGGCAUUUGGCUAGGGAGGGAAGGAUUUUGGGAUCAAAUUUAGUUUCGGGUGGGAAAGGGAGCUCGAGUGCAUUUUUAGAAGGAUCGUUGGUGUGGGGAGGUUGCUUUGGAGGUGCGUUUCCAUUGAUUUUUCGAUUGGCAGUGGUUCCUUACUUGGUGUGGGGGUGGUUUGGGAUAUUGUGUUGCACGGUCAACCUUAGGAUUAGGAGGUUGGGCAGUUGGUGGAUUUGUUGUCUUUUUUGUAUGGGGUUCAUGUUGGGCAGGUGGGGAAGGAUGUUCGGUUUGGGGGGGUCUAGGCGCUAAAUGAGUGUUCUCUGUUUUGUCCUUUUAUUGGUUUUUGUGUGGUUGGGGGGAGAGGGAGAGGGAGAGGGAGAGGGAGGGGGAGAGAUUUCUCCUGCCGGCGAGUUUGGGUUUCUAGCAUUCCAUCGAAGGUGGCUUUCUUUGUGUGGAUGGCGGCUUUUGGUAGGAUUUUGACUAUUGACAAUUUGAUCCGUCAUAAUCAUAUUUUGGUUAAUUGGUGUUGCAUAUGUUGUGCGGAUGUGGAGACAGUGGACCAUUUGCUCAUUCAUUGCCCGGUUGCUUCUCGUUUGUGGGUGCUUCUUUUUUCUUUGUUUGGAGUGGUAUGAGUUCAGCCGAAACAGGUCAUGGAGGUACUUUGUUGUUGGGGGGGGUGGUUAGGUUGGAAAGAGGCGAUAGAGAGCUUGGGCAUUAGCUCCUUUGUGUCUGACAUGGUUGAUUUGGUUGGGGCAAAAUCGUUGGACUUUCCAAGGGUGUGCUCAUUCGGUGCCUCAUUUAGAGUCUCCAUUUUUUGGUGUUUUGUAUAGUUGGGUGUCCAGAAAUGUUGAACCCAAUUUAUUUGCUUUCUUGGAUUUUGUAGAUAAUUUAGUUGAGUUGAUUAGGUCCCCUGUUUUUGGGGUUGGUUUUCUUGUAUUCUUUUGCAUCUUCUUGAUGCUUUCGUAAUUAUUUUUCUUUUAAAAAAAUAAAAAAAAUAAAAGAAGAAGAAGAUACGAAAAGGCUAAGUUAGAGAAGAAUUUUACUUGAAAUGGGUAAGAUAAAGUGAGCAGCUUUCACUAAUCUAGUCAUAUCUCCUUUCUUUGUAUAUUUAGAAUUUGGAUGUAAGAUCACUACCGUUAGAAACUAUACUUCUGGAGCUUGAAUUUAGAGUCCAAAUGGGAGAGAUAUGCCCAUUUGAAAUUGGAAGAAAAAACCAGUCGGAAGGACUGCUUGAAUCCGCACGUGCGGUCAGUAGAGCAUUUGCUUAGUUUUCUCCUUUUUCAUCUUUUUGGCUUGCCGGGCCUCAUUUCGCUUAAUUGGUACAUAAAAUAAACUUGAAUAAGACUUGAAAAUGGACCUAAAAGUGUGUAGUUAAGAGAAAUAAUAUAAACAUGAGAUAGAACAUUAGAAUUAGAACCGAAAAGAGUAAUGUUGCAUCGCUUUAGACCAUAUUUCAUUGAAUGCUUGUAUUGUACUUGUGUAGGUCAAGCACUUUGGAGGAAGUAACCCUUUGUUCAAGACCAUUUGUGAGUAGUAGCAUAGUAAGUUAUGUUUGAUAUGAUUCAAAUGCAAAACCUAUGCUAUGUUUAUGAAAGCUAUAUUAAUGUUUUAUCAUGAAUGAAUAUCUUAUACUCUUGUAUGAUGUAUGAAGAUGAUAUCCUUAGAAGAUGUCCUAGUUAUUGGGGGACUCAUGCCAAUAACACCAUGAUGGCCGAGCUCCUUGCCACCUUCGGGUGGAUCGUCUAACCGAUACCUGGGCUGGUUAUACACUUUCAAGGUCCUUGGAAUGUUGAUCUCUAUGUAUCAUGUUUGAAAGCCAAGUCUUAAAAUAUCAUGCUCUUAUUAAGCUAUGCUCAAGCUAUGAUUCUUGUACUGUGUUUUUAUAAAGCUCGUUGAUGUUCAUUCAUUUACUACUUUACUAUUCAUUGGGCUAUGGCUCACCCCUCUCCUUUAUAUAUGUAUAUGUAGGUGAUGAAAAGCACGAUUAUGAAGAGAAGUUUGCUUAGAAGUCAAUCUUGUAUAUUUUGUUGGUUUUAUAAGGUUUUGUCCUAAGUGAUGUGUCUUACUUUUUGUUGUUUGGACCUUGUAAUAAUGCAAGAUAACAAUCCAAGAGGAAUGUAUGUUUUCAUUUCAUAUACUUAUGCACUGCUCUAAAUGGAUGUUUCAAAUGGACUCAAUUAAAUAAAUUAAUGGCUUCCGCAAUUGAAAAUGAAAAUUUUGCCCCAAUUAUCAUAAGAGUCCCAACUUGUUUUGUAGGUUAGGCCUUUGGUAGUAAAUGACUACUGGCCGAUCACUAGACUAUCCUGUUUGAGGCAGGAUGGGGUCUUGACAUUGUGUCCGCAUCCAUGUCUGUGGUCAUGGCCUCGGCCAUGCUUCAAAGAACUCCUUGUUGUGCUGUAGCACAUCGAAACUGAUAGUUUACUGAACUUAAGGGGGAAAAAAAUAAUACAGAACCAAUUUGUUCUUGUUAAAGCUCAUUUCUUAUCUAUUCCAGAAAUAAUGGUAAUAUGAAUGAAAACUCAAUGAACUCAUAUAUCUGCUCAAGUUAUCUAAAUCUACAGAUCAUCAGACUGAGGAGGA